GGGCUCUUCCUGAGAGCGGGUAAAUUAGGAUCAUCUCAAACAUGGUUUCCCCCCGGCCUGUUGGGCUAAUGCUGCUGCUCAUAAUCGCGCGGGUCAGCAGAGGUGCAGGUAUUGGUUUUCGCUUUGCUUCAUACAUCGAUAAUUACAUGGUGCUGCAGAAGGAGCCUUCCGGGGCGGUGAUCUGGGGCUUUGGUACAGCUGGGGCCACAGUGACAGUGACCUUGUGCCAAGGUCAGGAAACCAUCAUGAAGAAAGUGACCAGUGUGAAAGGACCCUCCAACACCUGGAUGGUGGUGCUGGAUCCUAUGAAGCCCGGGGGACCUUUUGAAGUGAUGGCACAACAGACCUUGGAGACAACGAACCUCACCCUGAGAGUCCACGAUGUUUUAUUUGGCGAUGUCUGGCUUUGCAGUGGGCAGAGUAACAUGCAGAUGACUGUUUUACAGAUCUUCAACGCCUCAAAGGAGUUGUCGGACACCGCUGCCUACCAGUCUGUGCGCAUCUUCUCUGUCUCCCUCACCCAGGCAGAGGAGGAGCUGGCUGACCUCGAUGGAGUUGACCUGUCAUGGUCCAAGCCCACUGCAGGAAACCUGGGUCACGGAAACUUCACAUACAUGUCUGCAGUGUGCUGGCUCUUUGGGCGUUACCUAUAUGACACUCUGCAAUAUCCCAUCGGGCUAGUCUCCUCCAGUUGGGGUGGGACACCCAUUGAAGUCUGGUCAUCUAGAAGGGCACUGAAAGCCUGUGGAGUCCCUAAUACAAGGGAUGAACGAGUUCUUCAGCCUGAGAUAAAGCCCAUGAGGAAUGGCUGUGAGAGUAAGGAGUCCUCAUGUCCUUUUAGGAGGUUUGUCCCAUGUGAUCCUGUGGCUGGACCGGCAACACACUCUGUCCUCUGGAAUGCCAUGAUCCACCCACUGCAAAACAUGACUUUGAAAGGGGUGGUGUGGUAUCAGGGAGAGAACAAUGCGAAUUAUAACAGGGACCUGUAUGCCUGCAUGUUUCCUGCACUCAUUGCAGACUGGCGCCAGACCUUUCACUCCGGCUCCCAGGGCCAGACAGAGCGUUUCUUUCCAUUUGGGUUUGUCCAGCUGUCUUCAUACCUGUUGAUGAACUCAUCAGAUUAUGGAUUUCCAGAGAUCCGCUGGCAUCAAACAGCAGACUUUGGCUCUGUCCCCAACCCGAAGAUGCCCAACACUUUUAUGGCCGUCGCUAUGGAUCUCUGUGACCGAGACUCACCUUUUGGGAGCAUCCACCCUCGAGACAAACAGACUGUGGCCUAUCGCCUGCACUUGGGUGCUCGAGCUGUGGCAUAUGGUGAGAAAAAUUUGACCUUUCAAGGACCACUACCUAAGAAGAUAGAACUCUUGGCUCGCAAUGAGCUGCUCAACCUCACUUAUGACCAGGAAAUCCAGGUGCAGAGGAAAGAUAACAAGACAUUUGAGAUCUCAUGUUGCAGUGACCAUCAGUGCAAAUGGCUUCCAGCUCCUGUGAACACUUUCUCCACCCAGACCCUGAUCUUGGAUCUCAGUGCUUGUCUGGGCACCGUGGAUGCUGUUCGCUAUGCCUGGACCACAUGGCCCUGUGAAUAUAAACAGUGCGCCGUUUACCACACCAGCUCUGUCUUGCCAGCUCCUCCCUUCACUGCUCGCAUUACACACAGGGGGAUCUAAGGACAUCAUUUAAAUGAUGACUGCUAUCAUUCUUAAGGGCAAUGGGAUAGACGCCUUAGAUACCUCAUUGAAUAGCUCCCAGCUAGCAUAUGGCUGCUCCUGUAUUCUGACAUAAGCACUGGCUGGCAGACACUUGAAAUGCUCAUCUCUGUCCCCUAGUUAGCCAAAGCCUCUGUGCCAGUCUAAUUCUGAACACUGGGCCUUGUUAGCAUUCACUUCCUGGGUAUUAGUGGGAGUGAAAUGCCCUAUUUUUGCCCUUCAUCCAGAACUGUGGACUCUCAGAGCAGCAAGAGACUUAAAGGCUGUGGAGGCUGGUGCUUUGUGUACUCUUUGCAACCCCCUGAAAAUGGCUAUGGAAGUUUCCAUGUGUUUCCUUCUGUGGUGCUGAAGUACUUCUCUCAUCAAACCUUACCACACCAUGACACGUCUUUCAGAUCACCUUAGAGAGACCAUGUGUUUGUAUCCCCAGUAAGCUCUCAAAACUGUUUUCAGCCCAAGUCUUACUCCAAAGGGAAUCUUUGCAUAUUGCUAAGUGCUAAGGAGUGGCCUUAAGGAAUAGAGGGCCCAAGGCAUGUUCUCAGGCAAAGGGUGGGGUAACCACAGGCACAGGAACAGGAAGUCGAUGCGCUUGGGGCAAAUACAUCCUUAAAUGUAAGUCUUAGGUUCCUGAGGUAAAAGUUCAAUGAAGGCUAAUUCCCACUGAAGGAAGAAGUUAGGCUGAAAGGAAAGUUACAGGAUAUACUUAGAGCAACAGUGCAGGUGAGCCAAAGGGCAGGAUGCAGUUUACCACUUGGUUAAAGACAGCUGCCAGCUCUGAAAAGUGCACCGACUAGAAAUUGGAAGUCCAGCAUGGUGGCACACACUAGUCCCAGCACUCAGGCAGCAGAGGGGAGCUGGCUGCAGAAUGAGUUCUAGGACACCAGUUCUCUAGAGAAACACUCUCUUGACCCUCCCCCACAAGAAAAGAAAUUGGGGAUAAAAGUAAAUAAUUAGUGCUGUGUCCACAUAUCCAGUCAAAUUGUUAGGGACAGACUUACACCGUGCCCUUGAAACAUGGGAAAGGAAUAUAACUGCCACCUGUGCAUAGCUCUUUUGUUCUUGAUGUGAGAAAGUGGGCACUGAAGCAAUGAGGAUUUCUUACUAUUCUCUGGAGCUCUGGGGCAUUAGAAACAGCAAGAGAGAUGUGUCAGGAGUUUAUUUGGUUAAAAACAAAGAAAGAAACCAAAACCCAAAACCUGUACAUUCUGCAGAGGCCUUUGACCUCUGAGGUGUCUAGCCUGCAUUUAAUUUCUAAUGCUCUCUCUGCACCUGGCCCUGUGAGAACACAAAUCUAGUAAUCAUCAGCUCCUGAGAAAAUGUAAAAUCUACUGCCUGUCAUGCGAAGCCCUGCUGUUAGUUAUGCUGAACAAGAGAAUAAGAACCCCAAGCCCAAGGUCCUCUCACACCCAAUAAUUGGUACAUAUAGUGCAUACGUGUCAUGUGGUACAUGUAAUGAAAUCAUGUAUGAGUCAAAUUUUUAGUGGUUGAAUAGUUUAAAACAUUGUGUAGGGACUGUGUAUUUCUCCAAAUGGAGAGAAUUUUUAACUAUUUGAAAAUUAAUCACUGACUAGCAAGAGGGUAAGAAGCAGCCUUGAAUCAUCCCUGAAGGAGAAACACUGCUGUGCUGAACUUUGGUCUGGCUUAUUCUGUUUCCUUAUAGCAUAUGUAAAUACACAUACUAUAGUUGAAAGCAACCUUUCCAUGUCUGAUGUGUUUUAGUAGGAUGCGAACUUUCUCAAAUUAUUUUACUU